AUGCCAGCCCGGACAAAAUGCUCCGCCCGCCGCCUCCCCUUCCUGUUCCGCGGCCACAGAGAAGACGGAGGCGUCAUCAGGCUGCGUUCCUUGGCGGCAGGUAUUGAUAGGAUGGAAUGCCUUCGGGCGACUCUCCACUGGGAACAGCGGGGGAUUUACGUUGAAACUUCGUGUAACUUCACCUGUGAUGGACGACCAUCGGCCAAUGAUAAUCUUGACUCUUGUACGUUGGGAGUGACAUGCUCUCAAGCCAAAUCUUGGUACAAACCGAUUGAGGAAGCAGAGUCCAUCCAGCUUCGCUUUAACAAGACAUGCAGGCUUUUUUGA